AUGUGUCCCUGACUGAAGUAGUCCAAUUUCCGCCCCACCGCCGCCCGCAACAUCUACCAAAGGACGCAUUUAAUGGGACACAAACCUUCAUUUUCAACUCCUACGUGACUGUCACAUUCUAUCUGGACUCCGCAAGCCGCCCAUGGUAAUUGUAUUAUAUGACUGAGGAUUUUGUACAAACUGCAAGCUGGUGCGCGUGAGUAGUGUCCCACCAAAGAUAACUAACGACAAAAAGAUGGAUGUGCACUUUUCCAUUAGUAGUAUCUUGUCAAUUGUCCUUCAAGCGCUCUUGUUGUCUUCUUCAUAUGGUUCGUUGGAGCCCUACGACCUUUUAUACAAUAAUGCCGUCGACGCCUUUUACAGAAGUGACUAUAAAGAUGUAGUGCGAUACAUGGAGGGAGCGCUCAGCAGCUACGCAGAGGUCCGCCAGACUAAAGUCCGAUGUCGACUGAGGUGCCAGGACCAGCACCCGUUUGAUUCUGUUUCCAUGGACCUGCAGUUCUUUGACGUGGUUCUCCGACGAUCAAAUUGUCAAAACGAGUGCAUUGAAGAGAAGGUUGGAACGCAGUCCAUGCACAAAGUCAGCGAGGAUGUCAACCAAGAUUUCCAGAGACGAAUCCCGUACAACUAUCUUCAGUUGGCGUAUCAGAAGCUGAAGCAGUUGGACAAGGCAGCGGCGGCGGCCCACACCUAUUUCCAGGCCAACCCAGAGCAUGUGGAAAUGGAUCAGAACUUAGAGCAGUACAAGGCUCUGGAGGGAACCGAUCAGGACCACUUUGUGGACAGAGAGGCCCGGCCUCAUCAGAGAUCCUUCUCAGCUGGGGUGAAGCUGUAUGACAGUGCAGACUACAAGGGGGCCAUCGCCCUGUUCGAGGAGGCCCUCCGGGAGUACUACAGGGCCGACGUGGCGUGUCGGGCCCUCUGCCAGGGGCCCCAAAGGUUCGAGGAGCAGGACCAUGUCCUCUACCGCUACAGCCUAUACGAACUGGUCUCAGACCACUUCACCCAGGCGCUGCACUGUGAACACGAGUGUGUGAGAGACCUGUCUACCCGGCCCGGCCGUCUGUCUCCCAUGGAGAACUACCUGCCUCUACACUACGACUACCUGCAGUUUGCCUACUUCCAGAUGAACAUGGUGGAGGAGGCGAUGGAGUGUGCCAAGUCCUACCUGCUGUUCCACGAGGGGGAGGAGUUUAUGACGGAUAACGUGGAGUACUACAGAGAGGCCGUGGGCCACGACGUCAAACCCCGGGAGAAAGCUGAGUGGUACCUGAGGCGCCAUAAGCAGGAGCUGGAGCUACUGGUGAUUGGCAGUGAGAACAUGCACGUGGAAUUUACAGAGGGGCAUUACUGGACCAGCACAGGUGGAAGAGAGGAUUCAAACAGGAUCCCCUCUGGUACAGAUGGAUGGAUGGAGUACGUACCCAUCUCAGAGAAGAAGAACUUCACUCUGGCCCCACCACAGGAGCUCAGAGAAGGAGGGCCCUUGGUGUAUGACAGUGUGCAGCUGGUCCAGAACUCAAAGGCCCUGAACGGAACUCAGAGGGUUCUUCUGGAUGAUGUCAUAUCUGUGGACGAGUGUGCCGAGCUCACAAACCUGGCCCAUACUGUCACUAUGGCAGGAGACGGAUACCGAGGGAAGAUGUCUCCUCACACUCCCAAUGAGAGGUUUGAGGGAGCCACUGUGCUGAAAACACUGCAGUACGGCUACGAGGGCCGUGUCCCAUUGAGGAGCGCUCGUCUGUUCUAUGAUGCCAGUGAGAGGGCCAGACGCAUCAUCGAGUCCUACUUCCUGCUCAACUCAACGCUCCACUUCUCCUACACACACCUGGUGUGCCGGACCGCAAUCAAAGGGCAACAGGACCAUAGAAAUGACCUGAGCCAUCCCAUCCACGCUGACAACUGUCUGUUAGACCCAGAGGCCAACGAGUGCUGGAAAGAACCACCAGCCUACACCUACAGAGACUACAGUGCUCUGCUGUACCUGAAUGGAGACUUUGAGGGAGGGGAGUUCAUCUUCACAGAAAUGGACGCCAAAACAGUCACAGCACAGGUGAAGCCAAAGUGUGGUCGUAUGGUGGGGUUCUCGUCUGGCGGAGAGAACCCCCAUGGAGUGAGGGCUGUCACCAGGGGGCAGAGGUGUGCAGUGGCCCUGUGGUUCACCCUGGACCCCCUCUUCAGAGAACUGGAGCGCCUGCAGGCAGAUGAGGUGAUGCAGGCACUGGACAACCAGAGCAGCCAAUCACAGUGGGACACAAGCCUCAACAUCAACCCCAAAGACGAGCUGUAGUAGUCCGCCGGCGCCCAAGCCCAGCACCCCCCAAAUCUUUAUAUCUAUCUAUUUAUUUAAUGAAGUUUGGAUCAGAACAAUUUUAUUUUUGUACUGUUUGAAGUGCAAGGUUAUAUAGUUGUGUGUGUUGUCGUCGUGGCUUUUAGUCUGUUGUUGUGAUUCUUUUUCUUCUUCUGUACAUACCAGUACUUGAGUUCACGUUUGGGUCUUUGUUUUUCUUUCCAUUGACUCUCUCUCUCUGUUGGGGUGAAACCCAGUCAUUGUGCCUCACACUUUAUAAGGUCCAGUUCACUUUGUGAUGACUUUAUAAGGACCAGUUCACUUUGUGAUGACUUAAAAUGCUCAGUUCCCUUUGUGAUGACUUUGUGUAGUGUGCGGGUUUGCACACAAGGUUGUUGCAAUACAGACCUGUCAUACGUAUGUACAGUUCUUACUGCACUGUGAACAAGCGACAGAGAAGAACAGCAGUUGACAUUGUCGUUUCUCUGUUAUAGAAAAAAGAAACGGGCUGUUUAUAACGUUUAAAACAUGCACUCAUAAAACCAUCGGUAGUGGGAUUAUCUCUUUCGGGCGGUGUAAACACAGUUAAUAUGUUUCAUCUAUUUAGUCAUUGAAACAUUGGCUGGAAUAUAUACAUUCACCGCGAGAAAGAGGUCAGGCAUUUCUUUACAAACAGGGAGCUAUAAUCCCUUUUAGUGACUGACAAUAAUGAUUGAACUGGUCUGUCACUAUUUUAUUGUGCACUUUCUUCUUGUUUGUAGUGUGAGAAAGAGACACCGUCUUCAUGACUCACGUUCCCUCCCUAGCUCUGGUCCAUGGCGUUAGCAAGCCUUGGACCAGAGCUAAUGCCUCCCGUCAAUUGUAAUCAAACGCAGAGCAAGAUAACUGUUUACAAGUUAGCUGACACACGGGCAUGGAGUGUGUGUUUUUUUGUUGUGUGUUUUAUGUGUCUGUUUUAAAGAUAGACAGCUGCUAUUGCAAUUGUCGGCAUUUGAUAUUAGAAGCUUUUUAAUAAAAGAUGUCAUUUAUUCCUGUUUAAAGGAAUUCUUAUAGGUGUCCUUUCCUUUCGAAACUUCCUCAUUUCAUGGGUCAAAAUAGACAGACAGGCACACACACUGUUAAAAUACAAUGGAAAGAAAGUGCCUUGUGUACUAUGAUAUUUCAAUGAUACAAUUGCUAACUAUACGUAACUUAUCCAUUUUAAGUUAGAUUAGUGUUUUAAUCUUAUCUUUUGAGAGGGAGGAUGGCCACUGACUAAUAUUUAAAUAUAAAUUGCUGUAGCACAAACAAAUUGUUGUAUCCAUCUCUUUUGUUGUUAAUGUGUACUUAUAAAUUAAAAAGACAAUAUUUCAUAAAAUAA